AGUCGGCCGCACUUCUCGCCAGCCGGCCGGAGGCGGGGUUCUCUCCGCACGCCUGCCGCGGAGUCUGUCUGGAGUCCUGCUGACAGGCCGAGUGGGCCGGGGAGGGGUAGGUCGGACACUGUGGCUGCAGGCCUGAGGCGAGGACCCCGCGGCUGCGGCUGUCCCGCCCGGGGAGGGGCCAUUCACUCCUCGGGCGCAUCUCCGGAUACUCUGGGCCUCCGCGCCUCGGCGUGCGGGAUAGCGCCCUGCGCCGAUCCCCGGGCUGCCGCCGGCCUUUCCCCGGCAGAGGGCUCCCGCUUUUCAACACGGAGGCCCAGGUGACCGCGCCAUGGCCUCUCCCCACCGACCCGACGCCCCGGAGCUGCCCGACUUCUCCAUGCUCAAGAGGCUGGCCCGAGACCAGCUCAUCUACCUGCUGGAGCAGCUUCCUGGGAAGAAGGAUCUGUUCAUCGAGGCAGAUCUCAUGAGCCCUUUGGAUAGAAUUGCCAGCGUCUCCAUCCUGAAGCAACAUGAAGUAGACAAGCUGUACAAGGUGGAGAGCAAGCCAGCCCUCAGCUCCAAUGAACAACUGUGCUUCUUGGUCAGACCCCGAAUCAAGAAUAUGCGCUACAUUGCCAAUCUUGUCAAUGCUGACAAAUUGGCUGGACGAGCUCGAAAAUACAAAGUGAUCUUCAGCCCUCAGAAGUUUUAUUCCUGUGAAAUGGUGCUUGAGGAAGAGGGAGUCUAUGGAGAUGUGAGCUGUGAUGAAUGGGCCUUCUCUCUGCUGCCUCUUGAUGUGGAUCUGCUCAGCAUGGAACUGCCAGAAUUUUUCAGGGACUACUUCGUGGAAGGAGAUCAGCGUUGGAUCAACACCGUGGCUCACGCCCUACACCUUCUCAGCACUCUCUAUGGAUCCUUUCCGAAUUGCUACGGGAUUGGCAGAUGCGCCAAGAUGUCGUAUGAACUGUGGAGGAAACUGGAGGACGAGGACAGUGAGACCAAAGGCCGUAGAGCAGAGGUUGGACAUGUUUUUCUCCUGGACAGAGAUGUGGACUUUGUGACAGCACUUUGCUCCCAGGUCGUUUACGAGGGCCUGGUAGACGACACUUUCCGCGUCAAGUGUGGGAGUGUCGACUUUGGCCCGGAAGUCACGUCUUCUGACAAGAGCCUGAAGGUGCUCCUCAAUGCUGAGGACAAGGUGUUUAAUGAGAUUCGUAAUGAGCAUUUCUCCAAUGUCUUUGGCUUCUUGAGCCAGAAGGCCCGGAACUUGCAGGCCCAGUAUGAUCGCCGGAGAGGCAUGGACAUAAAGCAGAUGAAGAAUUUCGUGUCCCAGGAGCUCAAGGGACUGAAACAGGAGCAUCGUCUGCUGAGUCUGCAUAUUGGGGCCUGUGAAUCCAUUAUGAAGAAGAAAACCAAGCAGGACUUCCAGGAGCUCAUCAAGACUGAGCAUGCUCUGCUAGAGGGGUUCAACAUCCGAGAGAGUACCAACUAUAUUGAAGAACACAUUGACCGGCAGGUGUCACCUAUAGAAAGCCUUCGUCUCAUGUGCCUUUUGUCCAUCACUGAGAAUGGUUUGAUUCCUAAGGAUUACCGAUCUCUGAAAACACAGUAUAUGCAGAGCUAUGGCCCUGAGCACCUACUAACUUUCUCCAAUCUGCGGCGAGCUGGGCUCCUAACAGAGCAGGUUCCAGGGGAAACCCUCACGGCAGUGGAGAGCAAAGUGAGCAAGCUGGUGACCGACAAGGCUGCAGGAAAGAUUACGGAUGCCUUCAGUUCUCUGGCCAAGAGGAGCAAUUUUCGUGCCAUCAGCAAAAAGCUGAAUUUGAUCCCACGUGUGGACGGAGAGUAUGACCUGAAAGUGCCUCGAGACAUGGCUUACGUCUUCAGUGGGGCCUAUGUGCCCCUGAGCUGCCGGAUCAUUGAGCAGGUGCUGGAGCGGCGGAGCUGGCAGGGCCUUGAUGAGGUGGUACGGCUGCUCAACUGCAGUGAGUUUGCAUUCACAGACAUGACCAAGGAAGAUACAGCUUCCAGUGAGUCCCUGCGCCUCGUCUUGGUGGUGUUCUUGGGUGGUUGCACAUUCUCUGAGAUCUCGGCCCUGAGGUUUCUGGGCAGAGAGAAAGGGUACAGGUUCAUUUUUCUGACGACAGCUGUCACAAACAGUGCUCGCCUUAUGGAGGCCAUGAGUGAGGUGAAGGCCUGAAGAUUUCCUGGGCAGUGUUGAAGUCUUCCCUGGACAUGUUCCCCAAUGGGAUGCACCUAGCUGCUACAGUGUCCCCCAGUCACCUCAGAGCUGGGGACCAAGGAAUUUAUUUGGGACUUAGAGGACACAUCUGAGGAGAGAGUUCAUGUUUCUCCCCUGGGAUAAUCCUGUUUUUGUUUAUGAAGUACAGUCCAUGCUGCUAAGACCUGCUGGGGAAGUCCAGUUUGAGUAUCAUUGUAAAUAAAGCCUCUGCUCUCAAUGUAACAUCUUGGAGUUCUGGACACACACACACUCCAUCUUCCCUGGGAAAAGCACAGUGGGGCCGUCCUGGGGCUUCAUCGGCUUUGUGGCCUGGACUCCGUAGCUCUGGGCCUGCUCCAUGUUUCUUGUAAAAGUCACUAGCUUGCUUUGUAGCAGCUUCCUCAACUCUUAAGAGGAGGAGGAUGGGAUUGGAUGGGAUUGGAUGU